AUGUGUUCAAGCAUGGGGAUGCUCAACUGCGCCGACACAACCUCCGGCGCGAAGCUACAGCAGCUGCAAGCACCGACAUCGCCCACCGCCUCGGUCUCGGAGUCAAACAUCGUCGUGUCAUCGACCGAUCCCGACGCCAAUGACGCCCUAGCCGGACUACAAGCCCUCAAUUUCGACGGGGGCAUCGACGUUGAGAUCCAGUCGCCUGACAUUGCCAUGUGGGAGUCGCUCUUCGCCGACCAAAUGGGAGCCUCAGGGCCCGACUUCUUGAUGUUCUCCCCUAGGAGGGACUUCAUGGCCACCGGCAGCCCAAGGAAGGACUUCAUGGUCUCCUCUCCCAAGAGAGACUACAUGGUGUCCUCCCCCAAGAGGGACUACAUGGUCUCCUCCCCUAAAAGGGAGUACAUGGUGACCUCACCUAGGAGAGAGAUGGUCUCUUCCCCAAGGAGAUCAACCUUCUCCAACCUCUACAGCAUCGGCAGCAGCCAUGCCAGCCACCAGCAGGGCUACGUGCACGGCGUGCAUGGAGCGGAUGGAAGCGGCGGCGGCCAACCGCAGUACGGCAGCCUCGCCAACCACGGCAAGGGCCAGUCGAUGAGCCCGCUGCACAAGGUGUACAUCAACAACUCCCACAGCAACAGCGGCAAGAGCAACGGCCCCUCCUCACUCUCGUGCUCGUCGUCCUACGGCCAUGGCGAGAACCUGGCCUUGCCUUCCAUGGAUCUCUUCCUGGACGACUACAAGGAAGGAGGGUACAUAGGGUACCAGCUGCCGGUAAAGCCCGGCAUGGAGAGUGGCGCCGCCUCGGCCACGGUCACCACGGUGGCUCCGUCAUCGUUGCAGCUGCCCACGCUGUCAGAGUGCCUGGCCAUGCCGGAGCCGGCCUACGGAGGCGGGGAGGAGGCGGUCACGGCAGCGACGAUGGCAGCGGCCGGAGGCCUGCAGACGGGCGGCGGCUUCCAGCAUGACAUGUACUACGCAGGACAGUUUGGAGAAGGAGGGGCCAUGUCGCUGCAGAACCAGAUGGCGAAGUCCGAUCAAUGGGCAGCAGAUUCAUCCCUGCACAGCAUGCUGGGCAGCCUGGGCUCAGUGAUCCAGACAGAAGCCGAGCAGGAGCAGGACAGCGGGCUUCAGCUGGUGCACCUCCUCCUCGCCUGCGCCGACUUCGUCUCCAAGGGCGACCAGCCGUCGGCGCUGCGCCACCUCCACCUCCUCCGCCACGUCGCCUCCCCGCUCGGCGACUCCAUGCAGCGCGUCGCAUCCUACUUCGCCGAUGCCCUCGCCGCCCGCCUCUCCCUCUCCUCCAACCCCUCCACCUCGGCCGCCGCCGGCACACCGCGCGGGGGCAGUGGCGUUGCCCCCUACCCAUUCCCGCCGUCGCCGGACACGCUCAAGAUCUACCAGAUCCUCUACCAGGCCUGCCCCUACAUCAAGUUCGCACACUUCACCGCCAACCAGGCCAUCUUCGAGGCCUUCCACGGCGAGGACCGCGUCCACGUCGUCGACCUCGACAUCCUCCAGGGCUACCAGUGGCCGGCGUUCCUCCAGGCGCUGGCCGCCCGGCCAGGGGGGCCACCGACGCUGAGGCUUACUGGGGUGGGACACCCCGCCGCCGCCGUCAGAGAGACCGGGCGCCACCUCGCCUCCCUCGCCGCGUCGCUGCGCGUGCCGUUUGAGUUCCACGCCGCCGUCGCCGACAGGCUCGAGCGGCUGCGCCCCGCCGCGCUGCAGCGCCGCGUCGGGGAGGCGCUUGCCGUCAACGCCGUGAACAGGCUGCACCGCGUCCCCGGCGCGCACCUCGCUCCCCUGCUCUCCAUGAUCCGCGACCAUGCGCCCAAGAUCAUGACGCUCGUCGAGCAGGAGGCCGCCCACAACGGCCCCUACUUCUUGGGCAGGUUCUUGGAGGCGCUGCACUACUACUCGGCGAUAUUCGACUCGCUGGACGCGACGUUCCCGGCGGACUCGACGCCGCGGAUGAAGGUGGAGCAGUGCCUGUUUGCGCCGGAGAUCCGUAACGUGGUGGCGUGCGAGGGCGCCGAGCGGGUGGCACGGCACGAGCGGCUGGACCGGUGGCGCCGCCUCAUGGAGGGGCGCGGCUUCGAGCCCGUGCCGCUCAGCCCGGCCGCCGUCGGGCAGAGCCAGGUCCUGUUGGGGCUCUACGGCGCCGGCGACGGGUACAGGCUCACCGAGGACAAGGGAUGCCUCCUCCUCGGGUGGCAGGACCGCGCCAUCAUCGCCGCCUCGGCGUGGCGGUGCUGA